UCGCGCAGCUGGAGAGCUACAAGAUGGCGCAGGCAAUAUUUGAAGUGCUUGAAGGGAUGGACAACCAGACAGUGUUGGCGGUCCAGUCUCUGCUGGAUGGCCAAGGCGGAGUUCCUGACCCAAACAACCAGAACGUCUCUGGCACACCCACUAUCCAGUCUAUGGACGACGAGGACGUCUUCCUGUGUGGGAAGUGUAAAAAACAGUUUAACUCUUUGCCAGCCUUCAUGACACACAAGAGGGAGCAGUGCCAGUCUAGCGCCCCCUCCCUGUCCACAGUGUCCUUGGCCUCCACCAACGUCUACACGCCCGUCCCGUCAAUCAGCUCCGGACCACAGACUCCUGCCAACAGACAGGUGUCCACCUACAUCACAGUCCCUCCCUCCCCUCUGACACACACUCUGGUCCAAGGCAACGUGCUGGUCAGUGACGACGUUCUCAUGUCGGCCAUCUCAGCCUUCACCUCCAUCGACCAGCCCAUGGCCGCCAUGCAGACGCCCAUUCAGAGUAACCUGAGCAUGCACACAGCCGGCGUAUCUUACCUUCAGCACCAUCACCACCACCACCAUCAUCAUCAUCACCAUCAACAGCAACAGACUCAGUCGUCCCACCCCCUGCCCUCCAGCCAAACACCGGCCCACCCCCUGCCAGCCGGCCAGCCUUCCCAGCAGCCGCUCUCUUCUCAAGUCCCAGCGAGCCACAGCAACUCAGUGGUCCAGGUGUACAGCGCCAUGCCCCAUAUGGCUGGGGUUGGUGGUGGUGGUGGUGGUGGUGGUGGUGCAGAGAUCCACACGCUGGGUCUGCAGCCCUUCCAUCCUGUACAAGUGCCCAGUCAGUGUGUGGAGAGCCAGUCAUUCACCACCCCUCCUGUCUACAGCCCCGGGAAGCAGGGCACCAAAACAAAGACCUGCAGCAUCACCACCAACCUGACGGAGCUGGGCGAUUUCGAAAAGGUCAUCAUUCCCAAACGUCCGAGGAGCAACAAGAAGAGCCCCGACGGAGCAACAGCCGAGCAGCUGAAAGGAAAAGGUCCGAAGCUGAAGUGUAAUUUCUGCGACAAAAUCUUCGCGAAAAACUUUGAUCUCCAGCAGCACAUCCGAAGCCACACGGGGGAGAAACCCUUUCAGUGUAUCGUCUGUGGAAGAGCCUUUGCCCAAAAGUCCAACGUGAAGAAACACAUGCAGACGCACAAGGUAUGGCCUAUGGGUGUGGCCAGCACAGUGUCAAGAUUACCAGUCACAGUGAAGGUAGUGCCAGUGUCGUCCAAUGAGGAGGAGGGAGGCGGGGAGCAGCAGCAGCAGCAAGGUGAACAGGAGGAGGAGGGGUCUCAGCAGCAGACCAGUCAAACACAAGCAGAGGAAGCAGCAGCUCAAACAGAAGCCGCGGGGGAUUUGGAGGAGAGUGCGACUGAGGCUCGGGCUGAUCAGGAGGGAAGCCAAGCUGGGGAGAACGCUUUGCAGAACGGGCAUCCUCAGGCACAGAUGCAGUUGCCGUCCAACCAGAGCCAACAGUGCCAAGCUCCGACCAAACAGAUCGUCGUGAUCGACAGCUCCUACCAGUGCCAGUUCUGCGCCAACAAGUUCAAGACCUACUUCCAGCUCAAGUCGCACCUGACCCAGCACAAAGGGGAGCAGGUUUACAAGUGUGUGCUGAAGUCCUGCUCCCAGACUUUCCAGAAGCUGGAUCAGUUUCUGGAGCACAUCAGGACGCACCAGGAGCAGCUGACCUACCGCUGCCACCUCUGCAGCAAGGUGUUCCCCUCGCUGUUCGAACUGGGCGUCCACCAGUACUCCCACUGCUUCUGCCCGCAGCAGAACACACGCAAGGAAACCACCGUCUACAGGUGUGUGAAGUGUCAGAGCAGAUAUUCUACCCAUGAGGCUCUGGAACAACAUCUACUCACUGCCUCACACAACUUCCCCUGUCCACACUGCCAAAAGGUUUUCCCGUGUGAAAGGUACUUCAGACGCCACCUCCCCACUCAUGGCACCGGAGGGAGGUUCAAGUGUCAGAUCUGUAAGAAGGCCUUCAAGACAGAGCACUACCUCAAACUCCACACACGCAUUCAUUCAGGUGAAAAGCCAUACAAAUGCUCCCUCUGUGAGGCGACGUUCAACAGGAAGGACAAAGUGAAGCGACAUAUGCUCAUCCACGAACCUUUCAAGAAAUACAAGUGUCCCUUCAGGACUCAUGUUGGCUGCACCAAAGAAUUCAACCGACCAGACAAACUCAAAGCUCACAUCCUGUCUCAUUCUGGUAUAAAACCCUACAAGUGUCUAUUUUGUCAGAAGGCGUUCAGCCGCAGAGCUCACAUGCUCGAGCAUCAGCAGUCCCACACAGAUAACUACCGCUUCAGAUGCUCCACCUGCAACAAGGGAUUCACCCGGCAGAGCUAUUACAGAGACCACAAGUGUCCUGCAGCGGGGAACGGGACAGGAAGUGACGGAGGGGCCGGAGAGGCGGACGGAGACGAGGUGGCAGGAUUGCCGAUGGCGGAGGAGAAAGAUGGAGAGGAUGACGGGAGGAGAAGCAGGUUCACGAGAGAAGCAAAAAGGCCGGGGACAGGAGGAGACGACGGAGAGGAGGACGAAAGGUCAAAGGGCAGCCACGAGCAGGUGGAAAGACAUGAGGAGGAGGAGGAGGAGGGAGAGCGGAGGAGGAUUGAUGAGGGCUGUCAGGCUGCGAUGUCUAUCAUCACCAUCGAAGGACAGACAGAAAGAGAAGAAGAGGAGGAAGAGGAGGAGGAGGAGGAGGAGGAAGAAGAUGACGGGGUGGAACAUGGCGGCGAAGCGCUGGAGCAGAUUCAGAGCAAUGACCGAAACUGUUUGCAGCAGCCAUGUUUGUAGUUUUAAACAUCACCUUUGCGGGAGCGUUUCCUGGACGUGGACCAAUUAUCCAUCAUUUAAAAAAAAACAAUCAGAGUCUGGGGAAUGAUUUCAUUAUUUGUUUUAAAUUAAAACGCUAUUUAAAAUCAUAUGCACGCAUUUUACUUCUUUUCCUGUAAAUGAAGAUGAUUUUUGGGAUAUGUUACCUGGUAGAUCUGUGUUGCCAAGAUAACCAGUAAACCAUUUCCAUGUUCUGAAGUACAGAUUUUGUGCAACUUAAAGGACCAGUGUGUCGAGUUUAGGAGGGAUCUAUUGGCAGAAAUUAAAUAUAAUAUUCAGAACUAGGUUUUCAUUGGUGUAUAAUCACCUGAAACUAAGAGUUGUUGUGUUUUCGUUAGCUUAGAAUGAGCCCAUUCAUUUCUACGGAGGGAGCGGGUUUGCUUCCACGGAGCCCCCACCAUGUUGCACUGCCAUGUUUUCUACAGUAGCCCAGAAGGGACAAAACAAACACUGGCUCUAUAGGGGUCCUUUCACAUUUUUACAUUACCUUAAGGCCACUGUAGGUUCAAUUGGUUGCAAUCUGCAACCUCACCACUAGAUGUCACUAAAUCCUACACACUGCUCCUUCAAACCACAGAGGUCAAAACAACAACUUUAUGUAGCAAAAAGUGAAUUAUUAUUAUCAUUAAGUUUACUCGUGUCUCAAAGGUUAUUUGAACAGAAUGGUAAUGGCUUUAAUGGGGCAGAAAUAAGUGACUGCAGAUUGCCUUGAAAAGCUUCACUGUGUAACUGGUGCUAGAUGUCCUGAACGGUCCAUCUCAUCUUGUAACACCACUUUGUUCCUCAAGAGGCGAUAGUGAGUCACUGUAGUGCGAUAAACUUAUUAUAUAACUUACUAACAGAAUUUGAGGUACAGGUGAAACUGAUGAUCUCUCUCCAGGGCUCCUCACCCUGUGAUGACCUUAGUUUUCUUAACCGAUGCCCAUCCAUCCACUGUACCACAGCACAUGAUGUGAGCUGCAGGAAUAAAAGAAAGCACAAAUUACAAAUUAAUUCUUACAUACAGUAACAGCAUUGUGCCCAAUGGAAACUAUUUACAACAUUUUUACCAGGGAAACAGUCAAUGCCCAGUUUUUGCACUGCGUUCAUUUUAACUUUCUAUCUUGGUGUUGAAGAGUUUGUAAGACCUUUUUAAGGCCAUCGUGAAUGCAAUUUAAGAAUGUAAUUAAAAGAAAAGAAACAGAACAGUG